UCUCUCUCUCUCUCCUCUCUCUCUCUCCUCUCUGUCCCCCCACUCUCUCCUCUCUGUCCCCCUACUCCCUACUCUCUCUCUCUCUCUCUCUCUCUCUCUCUCGCGCUCUUUCGUCUCUGUCUCUCUCUUUCCUCUGUCCCUCUCCUCCCCUCUGAGGAGGGAGCUCCUGUUUUCCUUUGUCCCUCGCCUCCCUCCUCUGGUGUAAGCGCAUGGCAGGGCAGCAGAAUCGGUAAUGAAGAAAGUGCCCAAUUUAGCCUCCUCAGCCGCGCGCUCCUCUGAGAUGUGCUUCCUGCCUGCCUCUCUGCCUGGGUGCAGCGAGGCGGGAUGCUGUGAGUGGCUGAGCUAGAGCUGACAUCACAGGGGCCAGCUGUUGAUUUGGUGCUGUCUCUGAGGCUGGGGCGAGUCACUGACUCUGUCAGGCGCCUACUGAGGGGCUCUGGCAGGUAGACACACACACACACACGAACCCACGACGAUAGGAGGCUGUGUGAGACUGCUGCAGGGAGCGAGUCGCUCCGAGCAGCUACGUCCUCCUCAACCAAUGCUGCCUUGGGUACUACGGACUCCUCCAACAGCUUGCAAUGAACAUAAGGAGGGCUACUAUGUGGCAGGUCUGUGAUGGCCAUGAGCAGCUUGGAGGGCAGUGCCACCGAGGCCGUUCAGAUCUGGACACCAGAGACUCCGAGCUGGUGCUAAGGACAUGGGACUCUCCCUCAGAGUUAGCGACAGGCCCAGCAGCACGAGACGUUACAGUGACAAACCGGCGGUGGCGCAGGACUGCUGCCCUCAGAGCCUUCUCAACCCCUGCAGGACUUCACCACCACAGGCCCAGCAGCUCCCAGACCCCAGUAACAGCAGUGUUGUAUAGAGACUCUCUGUAAGCUGUGCGUCUGAUGAGGAUGUCUGAUCCUGUUACUGUAAAGGACAUCAGUAGGACUGACACCAUGAAGGUUUGUGAGGCUGGAGUGGAGCUGGAGGCAGCAGACUGGACCGGCACCACAACAUUAGGAGCAGACAGCAGACGGAACGGUGUGAAGGACAAACCCAAACCGGCUGGGAGCCUGGUGCCGGAACACAAUGCCACCGGUCACCAAGACGGAAGCUGCUGUGACAACAAGAGGGAAACAUCACAGCAGCCGUCUCCUGUAUCAGCUGGCCAGUCGGUGAGGGGCUCUAAGUCCAGGGCCAAGGUAAAGUUAGUACGGAGCCUGGCUGUCUGUGAAGAGUCCUCUCCUCCCUUUCUAACUGCACACCAGCUGACACCAGAUCCUCAGAUAUCCCAGUCCUUUGAUAAGGAGGAGCUGUCUGCCAAGGAGGAGAAAGAGAAGGUGGAGAAACCAGAGAAGAUGUCCAGGAAAAUGCUGUCAAGAGAUUCCAGCCAGGACUACACAGACUCUACUGGAAUAGACCUGCAUGAGUUCCUGGUCAACACUCUAAAGAACAACCCCAGAGACAGAAUGAUGCUGUUGAAGUUGGAGCAGGACAUUCUGGAUUUUAUCAGUAAUAAUGAAAGCCAGAAGAGAAAAUUCCCUCCCAUGACUUCGUACCAUAGAAUGCUGCUACAUCGAGUGGCUGCCUACUUUGGCAUGGAUCACAAUGUUGACCCCACUGGGAAGUCUGUCAUCAUCAACAAAACUAGCAAUACAAGAAUACCAGAUCAAAAAUUCUCAGAACACAUAAAAGACGACAAAACGGAUGAUUUCCAAAAACGCUACAUUCUCAAAAGAGACAACGCCAGCUUCGACCGGGAAGACGGCAUGAUACGAAUGCGCCUGAAAGACGACAGGAGAAGCAAAUCUAUCGAGGAGAGGGAGGAAGACUAUCAGAGAGCCAGGGACAGGAUAUUUGCACCAGAUGGAGAUCAUUUCCAUCUAGAUGGAAGGAGCCCUGAUGAAGAGGCUUGUAUCAGCACUCAACAGAGGCGGCAACUCUUCAGACUAGGGGACGGGCGGUCAGCCAGCAGUAGACAGAGCAGCUCUGAGAAUGACCCCAAGAACUGUGAUGCCCGGCCGUGGAGCAGCACUGAUUCAGACAGCUCCAACCGUAACCUGAGGCCGACCAUGACCAAGGCCAGCAGCUUCAGCAGCAUCUCUGUCCUCAUCAGAGGAGACAGUACAGCCAGCAGCAAGAGCACCGGACGCCUCUCCAAAACAGGUUCUGAGUCUUCUAAUAGUGUAGGGUCUUCUACGAGUUCCAUCUCUCGCCCCCAAGUACUCCACCUGCCUCUCCAUGUCCCAGCUGCUCUAUCCCAGGCAGCCGGCCCUGUCGGGGGCCCCAGCACGGUGCUACCUACACCCUCCUCCUCCUCUGCGUCCUCCGCUGCCACGGCCCCCAGCAGUAGUAGAGCUUCUGUACACUGUGAUCGGGGCAGCAGGAACGGCCCGGCGCCUGCAUCCGGCCCAGCGCCAACCCAGGCCACUGCUAAUGCUACUAGUUACUAUUUGCUUCCUCCGGAAGCCACAGGGAUACCGCCUGGCAGUAUACUGGUCAACCCACACACAGGCCAACCCUUUGUGAACCCUGACGGCAGUGCUGUGGUCUACAACCCCUCGAUGACCUCACAGCAAGGUGGGAGGAGCCAGCAGCCCUUGGCCCCUCCCCUACCGCCCCCAGCCCCGCACCAGCCAGCCAAUCACGUCCUCUCCCAGCCGGUUCGGCAUCUCCAGCCCUCUGCUCCACAGCCGAUCCAGUACUCAACCAUCUCUUACCCUCCUCCUCAGUUCCUGCCACUCUCCUCUAACCAACAAUACACUUUGCAAGAAGGGCUGGCUGCCCAGUUCAGCCAGAUGAGUGUGGUGCGCCAGGCGUCCAGCGACGUCACUAACGGCGGCCCCCACCCUGCCAUGUACCCCUCGGGCCCUGUGGUGCUCCAGGCCCCCCUGCAGCACCAGCAGACUGGCUACAUGGUGGCCCCUCCAGGGGCCCCUGUGGUGGGGCAAACCCAGGCCUACCCCGGCCCUGCACACCCUAUGAGCCAGCCGGUCAUGCAGCAGCAGCAGGGCUACAUGCCACAGCAGAUGCACACAUGUUACUGUGCUCCAGCCCAGGACCCCCACUCCCACUGCAACCAGCACUAUCGCCCUGUCAGCCCCGUGCACUACACCAGCCCCCAGACCCAGCCUCUUCCCCAGCAGCCAGGUUACCAUGCUGUGAUGCCAAAUCCGCCCCAAGGCCCUCAGCAUCAGAACCUGGUGAACAACCAGCAGCACAGCAAUAUGGGAAAUCACAUGACGGCCUUCAUGGUCCAGUACCCUUCAAUGCCGUCUUAUCAGGUAUCAAUGCCCCAGGGGUCUCAGAACAUGCCUCCACAUCAGCAGGCAUGUCAACAGCCCAUGAUGAUCCAGAGCCAUCCAAGCCAAGCUCCCAUGGCCAUGUCAGGCAUGCAGGUUUACUACAGUGUCAUGCCCCCAAAUCAACACAGCACCAUGAGUCCAUCGAUGGGUUUCUUACCUCCUCCUGGGGCAGAGCAGAUGCAGUUUCCCCGGGCUUCGUCUCCGUGUGGAACCCAGCAGCUACCAGGACAGCAGUGCUCAGGUGUGCUCCCCGGUCCUCACAGUGGUGGGAUGGUGAUGAUGCAGCUGACCCUGCCCCCUAACCACCAGCCCAGAGCCCACUCCCCUCCACAGUGGAAACACAACAGAUACUACAGUCUGGAUCACACACGCAGCCAGAGGUCCUCAGAACAACUAAACAACUCACAGAACAGUCCCCAGCUGGGUGGCCCCAGCACGCCUCCAGCCCAGCCCCAAGCCCCAACCCACCAACUCACCUCCAUAAAGAACCUCCGCUCGGCCGGCCUCACCCCCAUCCCCAUAAUGACCCAGUUUCCCAGACCCUUCGGCCCAGGGCAGGCAGUGGACGGCAGAUACCCAUUGCUGGGUCAACCCCUCCAGUACAACCCUGCCAUCAGGCCUCCGCUGAUCCAUGGCACACACCACAUGAUCCCCAACCACCACCACGGCCCAAUGGGAAUCCGGCAUCAUGGGGGGCGAGGGAGGAGACCACCACCUAGGAAGUCAUUAUCAUCAGAUCUUAGUGUAGGUGACCCAGUGAACGGUGGAGUCCUGGAGGUGCUGGAGCUACCAGAGGGCAUCAGUCGUACGGAGGCAGACUCUCUCCUGGGGGAACUGUACAGAGGAGGGGCCAUGAUCAAGUGGUUGUCUGAGACCCAACAGCACCAACACCAGUCUGGUGAAACCCUGCUGAAGCACUGUGGGGCUGGGGGGGACGGUAACAACGGUGACACAAACACUGACACUACUUCCUGUUCCAAACCCCCCAGUAGUAACCAUAACGACCUGGCGUCCACCUACACCAUCCUGGCUGUGUUUCCCUCCAGGUACGCAGCUCAGAAUGCCUUGCUCAGACACAGUGGCCCUGCCGGCCCUGGGCCCCUUCUUACCACCACGUUCAAACUCAGAACUAGCAAGAGACACUCUGAUGAGUUUCACAACCAGGAGAGGACCACCUCUCAAUAGCAGGGUGGGGUGCUGUAGCCAGCCAACCAGGAGAGGACCACCUCUCAAUAGCAGGGUGGGGUGCUGUAGCCAGCCAACCUGGAGAGGACCACCUCUCAAUAGCAGGGUGGGGUGCUGUAGCCAGCCAACCUGGAGAGGACCACCUCUCAAUAGCAGGGUGGGGUGCUGUAGCCAGCCAACCUGGAGAGGACUUGCUCUCAAAAGCAGGGUGGGGUGCUGUGGCCAGCCAACCAGGAGAGGACCACCUCUCAAUAGCAGGGUGGGGUGAUAUGUUACUAGGGCCCCUGAGAGGUUGUUCUAGGGGCUCCCACGGGCUGCUAUGAGGGACUGCCGGUCACGGCCCUUCGCCAUGGCCCCUCCACCCCACCACCACCUCCACUGCUGCCAUCGGCCAACCAAUCAGACACCCCUCUUCUGCAAGCAUCACUCACUAGUCUCCACUCCCCACCGGACUGACAGGCAGACUGAUGGAGUAUCACUCGGUUGGCAUUAUCUAACAGCUUCUUCACUUGAGUUGUAGAGGCUUUCUGGGAAUGUGUUAAUGCCUUUGGGAACGUUCUCUACUUUUUGAGAUGAAAAUGUGUAAAAAAGGAUCGGACAACACACCAAUGUUGAAACACAAAGACACAGACAGAAAAACAGGAAGUUCCAAAAGUGUCAUAUUUUAUUUGCAGACAGAACGUGGUAAAGGAAGCAGCAUGUUUUAUUUAGUUUAGUUUUAUGUUUGUUAAAAGCUGCAGUCAGAACACCCAAAGCAGGGAGGUACUCAUUCAUUACAAGAGGAUAAUAUACCAAGUGUCUCUCAUUGGACAAGAGUGUUUCUCUUUGGGCCGGAUUCUGAUUUUGAGAUCUGCAACGGAUAACUCCAGAUUUCAGUUUAAAAUGUCCCGUUGAUUUACACGAACGCCUGAGUUGUGCCGGCGUAUAAUAUCAAGUUAGGAUUCGGCCCGUAGAGUCAGUCUCCCGUUAGCCAGUUGGUGUGCUGCUACAACAGAAGAUUAGUCUUCUAGAACAAGGUUGUGUCCCAAACGGCACCCUAUUUCCCUAUAUAGUGCACUACUUAGGUCCCAUAGGGCUGUGGUCUUAUGAGCCCUAUGGGACCUGGUCUAAAGUAGUGCACUAUCUAGCGAAUAGGGUUCCAUUUGGAACAUAGCCCAACAGAAUGGUGCCUUCUAACUGGGCUCGGGUGCCACUAUCCACCCCUCUCCCCAACACCCCUAAAGACAAGACAUCCCAUCCAAUUCCAUUUGUAUAAACCCUGACCCACCGAUUUCUUUCACAAUGAAUCAUCACUGAUAUGGUAGCUAAAUUAUUCUCACUUUUCUACACAGUAAAUGGUAUCUUUGCACUGGCACAAGGGAGAAAUGUUUGUUUUGAUAGUGGUUUAUCGUUUUUAAGGAAAAGAGGAGAAGAACCUUGGUGCAUCUCAUUGAUGGUUUAUUCUAUUUGAGCUAUUCUAAAAUGAAUGUCCUUCUCACCAACCUCCUCCAACCCUCUCUGUUCAGUCCACCCAUUCCCUGCUUAUGUAUCAAAUGGCAUUCCCUAUGGGCCCUGGUCAAAAGUAGUGCACUAUAUAGGGUGGCCAGGCCAAAUUCCUUUCAUGUUUAGUUCGUUUUACCGUUCGUAUCCUAUCAGAAGGGUCACUGGAAAAGUGUGCAUUAUUCACAACACAACCCCCAUCACACCCAAACAAAUGUCUAUUUAAGAUGGUUGUUGUUGGUGGUGGAUUCAGGAGAGAUGUCCAGUCUGCUGGUGCAAGAUGUUUUUAUUUCUGUUUGAAACCAAUAAAUGUUUACACCAAAA